CAUAAUUUCUCGUCAUUUUUUUUCGUCAUUGUUUUGCUGCUUAAGGAGUUACGAGUUUUGAGACAAACACUUCCUCGUGUUUCCAUAGAAAUUCCUGUUCUUUUCCCAAUUAAAUUUUCAGUUCAUCACAGUAGCAGAAAAAAGGUUCAUUUCCGUUUCUGUAUACUUUUCUAGUUUUCUCCUUCCUUUUUCAUCUCGAUCGAUAUAAUCGCGCACGCUCACAUCAAUUACUUCGUUUUCUAUUCCUCGGAAGCUUUGAAUUCUUCCGUGCCGGUGAUCGCUGCCGAUCCUAUAUCACACUGUUGCAUUUUAUGAGCUGUUAGCUGUGACUCUGUGAGGAUAGAUGUCAGUUGCAAAAUUAAGCACUUUUAGUACUCUGGAUGCUUCAAGAUCAGAUGAGGGGAAUGAUUCACUUGACACCUUACUGAGGCAAGCUAUAGGAAAGCAACCUGUCCAUACUUUCUCAAGAUUGGAUGACAACCCAGCACAGUGGGUUCAAUUACUUCAUGGCUAUCAACCAGAUAUUCCAGGUUGGCCUUUGUUGACAACAUGGAAAACUCAGAUGCAGAAGUGUGAGAAAUGUUCCAGGGAGUUUUGUUCACCUGUAAAUUACCGCAGACAUAUUCGCUUGCAUCGCCGAUCCUUAAAUUUUGACAAGGACUCUCGAAAGUUAAGGGGUUUAUUGGGCGCAUUCUGGGACAAGCUUACUUUGGAAGAAGUUAAAGAAGUUGUAUCAUUGAAUGACAUCUCGCUCAAGGAAAUUCAGGGGACUUCACUUGUCAAGGACCUGUCAGAGUCCCUCUGCGGACCACGGGUUUGGACUCUUCCACCAGUUUUUGUCAAAGCAGGCUCUACAUUAUUGGAUAUCAUCCAAGCAAAACCUUGUGGGCUUCCAGCUUCAUCCAAUGAGUUAUUUAGCAUCCUUGAUGAUGCUAGUGAAAAAACAUUUUUAUGUGCUGGCACGGCAGAAACAGUGCAAAAAUAUGUUUUUGACGGCGGUGCUACAAAAUUUGGCCUUGAGCUGAAGAACUUAAUUGCAUGCACUUGCUUUCUUUUUGAGCAGAAACUGAUGAAAGCAUGGCUUGCUGACAAAGAUGCAGAGGCUUUGAGAUGUCAGAAGUUGCUUGUGGAGGAGGAAGAAGCUGAUAUGAGAAGGAAAGCUAAGCUAUUGGAAACGAAAAGACAAAAGAAGUUGAGACAGAAGGAACAGAAGGCAAGGGACCAAACAGAUGAGGCAAAAGGGGAUCUAUGUGUGUCAUCUGAUUCUUUAGAUGAUCCUUUAAUGGAAGAAAUACCCAGACCUCCAGCACCAUCUGAUGAAACCUUGUGCUUUGGAAUCGUUUGCUCCUCAAAUGAAGGUCAGGAUAUUGAAGCACAAAAUUCACUAGAUGAGCAUAUUGUAAAUGAAGGUCAAAAUGGCGAACCCAAACUGUUGCAAGAAAACAGUCAAAGGCCACCUGCCAAACAUGGUCCUAUAAAUGGGGGGCCUGUAGUGAACAACUACAAGGUAUGGACAAGGAAAAUUAGAGUGGCAAACAAUGAGAGCUUUAGGGAUUUGGUACAGAAAAAUGGAGUAAGCCGAAACCCAAGUGACUGUGACGUGAUGAUUGGAUCUAUAUCUGUGCCUAUGAGAAAUUGUACUCAACAAGAUUCGGUACAUAAGAAACAUAAUGUUAAUGGCCCCACUAAGCUUUGGAGGCCUGUGAGUAGGCAUGACAAGGGGAGACAAUAUGGAGAUUUACUGAAGAAAGUUCAUGAUCAAACUCUAUCCAAUAAAGCAUUUCUGAAUUCACCAGAGAGCAAUACACAUGCAGAAGGGUCCUUACCAUUCUGCGGUAGCGUCGCGAGAGAUUUUCUUGCUCAGAGAUGGAAAGAGGUGAUGUCGGCAGAUCAUGUAGAAUUAGUGCUGUCCUUUGCUCCUUCUGACCCUCCAGAGUGCCCCCAUGACACUAUAGAAGCAACGUGACUUGUGAAUCUUAUAUUUUUUUGUGGAAUUCAAAGUUCUAAUCUACAAGAGGAAAGGGUGAUACAUAGAAGUACAUUUCCAAGAAUACAGAAAAACCAUUUAGGUCAGUAAUCAAGUUUUUAGCUUUUGGAGAAAUAGGUUACCAGUCACAACUUCUGUCUCAAGUUUCGUCUUUCUUGGCACCUAUCAUUUUGCCUUUUUCUGAUUUCAAAUUUUACUGUUACAGUGUUCCUUCCUUUGUAUGGGACUUUUUUACCUCCCAUUUUUGCAUGAUAGUCUCAGAAUAGAUUUAGACAGCCUCAACCCAUUUUUCCUUGCGUCAUUUGAUGCUCUCUAGCAAUUAAGUUCAUUGUGCAUGCGACGGUUUAAGCCACUUUGCACUGUGCUCAAUCUUUGUAUUUGCUCACUUGUAGGCCUUGUCACGGUUACCAGAUUGUUGGGUGUAUUAGUGAUUUGUAAAAUGCUGUGAAGUAAGUUGUUCAAUAAUUAUAGUUAUCGUGUGAAAAUGUGAAAUGGCUUACAAG